AUGAACGACAACGUUGCUAGCACUCUUGUCGGAUCAAAUCCUUCUAAUCCAUAUGUUUCUGUAGCUCCAGCACAAUUCAUGUCUCUUGAAGAUAUGAAUAAGGAAGCUCAAGCUAUGUUAAAUACUAAACAAGAAGAAUUAGCUCAAUAUCAAAACGUAGUUGCAGAUGCUGAACGUAUUUUAGCAAAAUUAAAUGCAGAAAUAGAAGAAAAAACAGCAAUUCUUCAAAAUCUUCAAAAUCAGCAACGUACUGAUGAAGAAGAAUUUGAGCAACAACAAGCAGAACAACAAUUAGCAAUCCUUCAGCAAAAGCAUGAAGAAGAAAUAAAUAAGAUUAAACAACAGCAUGAAGAUGAAAUGCACAAUCUUCAAUCAGAUUUCCAGCAAACUCUUACAGAAGCAGAAAACUGGGCUAAUAGACACUCUCAAAUUGCUUUACAAGAAAAAAUGGAAGAACUUGAAGCUCUUCGUCAUGAAGCUGAAGCUACAAAAAGACAAUUAGAUGAAGUUACAUUCAUGACAACCAGAACACAAGCAUCACGUGAGUCAGAAAAUGAUCAGAAAAAGAAUGCUCAAGAAAUUUCAGCUCUAGAAAAUCAAAUUUCUGAAUUAACGUCUAUCACUCGUGAAGAAUUGAGAGAUUCAAGAGCUAAAAUAGAUGAAACAUUAGCUGCUAUAGAACUUAGACGUGUAUCGCAUGAAGCUGAAUUAAAACGUCUUGAUGAAGAAAUUGCUCAAAGAAAAGAAUGCUAUGAUCAGCAUAUUGAAGCUAUUAAGCAGCAAUAUGCUAAUGAAAGACAGACAGUAGAGCAAUCUAUUGCAUCAGCAAAUGCAAAAGCUGAAAACACAGAAAAUAUUAUUAAGCAACUUGAAAAUCACCAUGAAGCUCAAUUAAAGCAAGUAUUAGAUGAUAUUGAAACAAUGAGACGCUCAACAGGAAUGAGUGGAUCACGUCCUAAACAGAGUAUUGAAGAAAUUAAAACUACCGUUCGUGAAAAUCAGAAGAUUGCGGAUGAAUGUCGAGCACUUGAUGAAGAAAUUAGAAUGGUUAAAGAGGAAAUAAAGUCCCUUGAAGAUGAAAAUAGAGAUCUUAAACAGGAAUUGCUUAGAUAUGCAGCAGCUGUUCAGCGUAUGAAUAAAUAA